UAAGUACUAGUGUACUACUACUCUACUUAACCAGUUAACCCAACUCCUGUGACAAACAAGCCCUUUCUUAUCAUCUCACAUUACCAAAAAAAAAAACACCAAAAAAGAUGAUUCAAGCGUUAAAUAUUCCAUACUCAUCAAAAACAGAUGAGAUUAUGUCAAGAUAUAGGCCCAUUGCACCAAAACCUGAGUUUCCUGCAUCUAAUUCUUCCACUAAUAAUAAUGCCAACAAUAACAACAACUAUGAUGUUCCUUUAGUUCCUGAGAAAUUCCGGCAAUCGCCUUAUUUGAGGAACAUAUGGUCUCAUCUUCAAGCCCGCCCUACUCGCACUCGAAAGCGAGGCGGCCGAAGCUCUAGCGGGAUAUCUCCUGCAACUGCGGCCGCCUUGCUUAGGAAACAACAACACCACCAACAUCAACAACAACAACAACAACAAGAACAGACUAAUAAUAUGGUAACUGCUAGUCCUACUUUCAUGGGUUUGUGCUCUCCUUCUCAAGCAUUUGCUAGACUAUACAUUGAUCCCAAUAACACCACCAACAAUAGUAAUAAUAGUAACAAUAGUAAUAAUGUGGUUGAGCUUCCUUUGUUGUCAUGUCCAAUGUUGAGUCAUGAGACAGUUGAUUUAAACAAGGUUGCUGUGGAGACGACCGUGCUGGAGGAGAGAGACUUACUGCUGCAGUUACAAGUCCCGAGCUGCAGCAGCGGUGGUAGAAGUGGUGGUAGUGGUGGUGGUAAUGGUAAUGUAAUAUCGCCGAGACCAGUUCGGCCUGUAGGGUCUAGCAUUAGCAUAGUGGGACAAAUCAGCGAGGAUUAUGAAUCUCAAGUAGUAGUAAAGGCACCUGAGGAAGUAGAGGCAGCCGCCGAGGCAGAGCUAUUACCAUCAAUAAUAUCAGACCGAAACAACAAGGUCCGGAUGGUUAACUCGGCAUAUAAGGAGCUAGUAGGGCAACCCGAAUGCGUAUGGCUCGAUUCGAUGUGUUCCGGGGGUAGGAUCAGUGGGGAGGUUAUGCUCCAAUUGUCCAAAUACUCUUCCGGGUUACCCGUUUCGAGUAACGGGUUCUCAUGUUGGGUUAGGAUUGAAUGGGAGAGUGAUGGGAAGAAAAUUUCAAUGAAUGCAUUUUGUGAAGUUGCAAGAUUAGCAUGUUUGUCUAAGGAUUAUCUUUUCUCUUGGAGGUUCCACACUAGAGAAGUCUCACCAUCUGCCUCUAAAGUUGUAUAAUUGUGUUUUUUAGUAGUGUACAUUUUUUUUUUUUUUGGAUAAGAUAAAGAUCGAGUGCACCUUUUUGAAGGCGAGUAAGAUUAAGAAUCUCUAAAGAUGAGGUUGGUGGGAUUCGAACAUGGGACUGCUGGUCCCUUUCUUGAGUUGUGUGCAUGGAUCAUGGAUGGGUGUAGUAUAUGAUAUGUAUUUUGUAGUACUAGUAAUUAGUAUAGUAGUAUAUAUAGACUUGUUAUUGGUAGAAUUAUAGGAGGAUAGAAACAUCACUGAUGUUUAUAAGCCAAGUGGUUUUGAUUUUAGAAUAUGGAAGUUUCUGCAGGUUGAAUAUUACAAGUGUUCCAAGAGGUAGAAUACAAAUAUGAGUAUUAAUAGUUA